AUGACGGACUCGAAGAACCCUCUUUCUGGAGCUGAGGAGGAGCGCUUUCGCGUGGCGGCGCGCUUUCGCGUGGCGGCACAUGAUCCAGAUCUCCCUGUGCACCAGCAGCAAGAAACAAAUGAGAAGCAAGCAGCAGAAGGCGAGGCUUUUGUGGAAGAGGAAAAGGAAUUUGCAGCAGAAGGCGCUUCGGGGGCCUUCGCGUGGGUCCCUGUGUGGCGAAGACAGCGAGAAGUUCCUCCCGAGCGGGUUUUGCUGCCCCCUGAAGAGCCCUUCGACUUCAGGCAUCUAUUCGGACUAAAGGUGCGUCUUGGGGCUUUCUGGCUUCCAGCAGCGCAGCAGCAGCAGCAGCGCAGCAGCAGCAGCAGGCCCAGCAGCAGCAGCCCAGACUAG